AUGUCACUUUCCAUUUAUGAUCCGGACACAAAUGUUUUGGAAGACAAAAUUUCUUUUACGAAAAUUCUUCAAUUAUCAUGUGUUGAAGAUAAUUUGUCAAUUGUCUUCUUCAUUUCGAAAGGUGUUACAGCCAAAUACACAUUUAUCUGUGACAUGGCCAAAGAAAUGAACGAAGUAAUUGAUCAACAAAUUAAUAUCAUCAAAAAACUCAUGGUUCAACGAGCAAAGAGGACGGAAUUGCUUCCACCAAUCAUUUCCUCGAAGUAUCGUGUUACUCUUCCCACUUCAAGGUCAUUAUUAGCAACAACAGACAUUCCUGAAUAUGAUUACGACAUAAAUUAUACAGGAGAACUGUUAACAAGUGUUGCAGAGAAGAAUAUUGGCUUGGAACAUGAUGACAACCAUAUUCCUUUCGUAUGUUUGGCACCUGAAUUAUACAGAUUUGUCUUCAAAGAUGAAAUUUUGGCACUUUUGAACAUAUCUACAGGUAUGACUGUCUUCAUCAUCAAUAAAAUGGAAGAUAUAGAGCUUACUUAUUCCAAUGACCGAGUAGAAACAGUCACAUUAGAUAUGACAAAAACUGUUGAAAGUUUGACAGCCGAUGCAUUUGCGAAAAUCAAAUUCCCUGCAUUGACAGGUUAUUCUUUUUGGAAGGAAAUGGAUGAUGGAACACUAUUCCCUUUGGAUGUAAGAUUCACUAUCCCGGAACAAGUCGGAGAUUACAAAAAACUCAAACUUUUAAGAAGAUUUUUCAUUCUUUCCGGUGAAAUUCUUGUUUCUCUCGAUGUUUCAAUGAUGGUUAUGCAAGAAACUAUCAAAUUAAUAUCAGAAGGAAAGACACCAACAGCUGAUCCAACGUUACUUGAACUCUGUGUUUUAUAUGCUUAUGCAACACAGUGUAACACUCCAUCAGAUAUUGAUGAGAUUCGUGACUUUUCUUUCUUGAAUGUUUUGAUGCCUCCUGGAAGACAAAUGGAUGAUAAUUUCAUGGUCAAAUUACAACAGCAAAUCAAGAUGUAUCCUCCUAAAGAUAAAUUCCAAGCUAUCAAGAAGUUCAUUGGUAUAGAAAGAGGUUUAGAUAUGUUUGGUUAUGAAAGUUAUCCAUGCAAAUUCAAAGAAAUAAAAAGAGGUCACAGAAACAAAACAUUACCUGAUUUCCAGUUCACUUUAGCUCCACUUUAUUUCUUGAUUGGACAGAAUAAACCAGGCAUUCCUCCUGUUUAUCAAAUUGGCUACAGAUACAUUAUUAAUUACCAAAUAUUAGAUAAUACAUUGAUGAUUAAUUUCGUUGCAGAUGAGCAUAGAAACUUGAUGCAAGUGAAAUUAACAUUUGAUGUAACAGAAAUCACCAAAGUUGUUAUGCUAUUGGAUUAUAACAUCAAACUGUUACAUGACUUGUUGAACCAAAAGGAAAUGAUGAAAAGGAAAAUGCUUGAAGAAGAAGUUAAAAUGCUUUCAGGUGGCUUCGUUGAUCAAAGAGGUGUCAUCCAUGGUCCGAUGUGCGAUUUCUAUUUCACGAAAGAUCCAACUAAGUUUGAAAACUUAGAGAAAGAAUGGAUUGACUUGAAAUACAAUGGAAAACAACUAGCAAAAUUGUUGUCAAUAUGGCUGAAACAACCAAAAGAAGUCAAUUAUUGUGUUUUGUAUAGAACUCCUGAUAAAGAUUAUCAAUGGAUUGAUUACACGAGAAUAUUGAAAUCGUAUCAUCCAAUGAGAGCUUCUACAUUGAUUUUGUUGGAAAAGAAUCCAACAAUCAAAGUCAUUCCUAUUGGAAGUAAAACACCACAAAUGAAAGAAGUCAAAAUUGAUAUUUCUAGUUCAAUUGGAGUUUUACUUCAAGAUCUUUGCCAAAUGUUUUCUAUUCCAAUGAUUCCUGGUUUGACAUUGGCAUAUGAAAAAUAUGGAAAUUUGCAGUAUCUCGAUAUCAGUAGAUCUAUUUCUGAACAAGCGAAUACCACUGAAGUUUUCUAUAUUAUGUUGAGACAUUUCACUUUCUCAACAGCUAAUAUGGAUUACGAAACAUUAUGGUUCUUGUUCUUGCAAACAAGAGAAUGCAUUUUAAGAGGAAUUUAUAAGAUAAGUUCUGAAGAUAUGUCUAAUCUUUGUUUCUUCCAAGUUGCUGCUUUCACGAACCAAACACCAAAUAUGAGUUCAAUUCCUCAAAAUGAUAAAGAAUGGGUUCCUGCAGGUCAAAACAGACCAUCAAAAAGUGCCGUUGAAUCAGUUUUCAAUGUUUUGAUGUCACAAUAUCUUAAUUUGGAUAGCUACCAAGGUGCACAGUUAUAUAUAGAAUACGCAAGGAAGAUCAAAGGAUUUUCUGUCAUUGUGUUUAAUGUUGAAGCUGAUUUAGGUUUCGGAGCUGAAGAACAGCCAAAACAAAAGUUACAAAUUGGUCAAGAAAACGUGACAAUUUGCCAUUAUGACACCAAGAAAUUAUUCUUGGAAUUUCCAAUUGAAAACAUAUUGGAAGUUCAUGGAAAGAUCAAUGAAAUAGAGAUCAAAUACAGAGAUGAAAACUAUAAUGCCAAAUCGUACUACGCGUUUACAGAAGAAGCUGUAAAUAUCUAUUACAUUUUCAUUGAAAUCAUGAACAUUCGAAGUCUCAAUUUAUGUAAUUUGGCAGAAAAAGCAAGACAAAUGAACAAAAUCAUGGAUUCUUCAAACAUGUUUAAAGUAAUGACAUAUGCUACAUUAAGUAAAAGCAAAGGAGAGUUCCUGGAAUAUUCAAAAUACAUGUCAGGAUUCGAUGUAAUUCAAUUGGCAAUUACUAAAUUAGAUUUGAAUCCUUAUGUCGAAUAUAUAAUGAUUUGUCAAGUUGCAAACGCUUUUUAUAACUUUGUUGAUUUGCAAGCACCAAUUGGUGUUGUUAAUCCAACAGAGAAGUCCUCCCUUUAUAUAUUCCCACGUAUUUCUCGUAUUCCUGUUCAAAAUGAAGCCGGAGAAUUCGAAUUCAUUCCAAUAGAUUUGACAAAACCACUUUACGAAGCAAUUCCAAGACUUGCUUAUAAGUUCUUUAUCAAGUACUAUGUUGGAUACGCAAUCUUCAAGGAUUGGGAAAAAGAAAACAAACUUAUAAAAUAG